AUGGAAAAUGACAAUAAAGAAAUGGAGGGUUCUGGUGUAGAGCCAAAGAAAGUCACUGAACCUGGAGGUACAGAAUCAACGAGGAUGGGAACAGAAGUAUCUGUUACAAAUGAAAUGGUAAGUCAAAAUGGUCGAAACCCACCAUAUGAUCUGGACGACAUAAAACCACCCCUCAUCGAUACCUCUUCAGGUGCCACCGGACAUAGAAGAAUUGGGGCUUUAAAAAUGAAAUCUAACACUCAAACAGCGAUGUCAGGCAUCUCGUCCCCUACAGCUAUGACUGCAGCACCUCGAAAAUACUCCAUGCUACUGUCUAAUGAAGCAAAGAAGGAGAUGGUUAAACAGGCUAAAGCUUUGAAGGAAGAGCGCAGAGCUACGCUAGACAUCAGACACAAGUAUCUCAUUGUAAAGCUUGCAGACACGAUUAGCCUGGGGGAGAUGGAAGUGGAAGAGGCCCUGAUUUCUGACGAUAAGUUCAGCAUGAUCGAGGACUUCUUUUCAGCCCAUGGAUCCAAGAGACUCCUUUUCUACUAUCAAGAAGUGCAGCUGUCUCCCCAUGGAAACGUUUUGCCCUGGAUGGACUCCCAGACUGCAGCACCUGGCCAGAAAAGAUUGUUUAUUACUACUGGUACUGCAGAGAGACUGAAUGGCGCUUGUUUAUUUUUUCUCCGAAACACGGACAAGGCCAUAACAACUGCUAAUGUAUCACAGGAGGUGAAUUUUGGGAUGCUUGAUUGCACCAAUGGAAACUUUUUACAGAGUCUGGAAAGGUUUUUUACUCAAGUCACUUAUCCUGCACUCAGGUCACAUGAGGACUGGGGAGUCGUGAAAGAGGGUCAGAGAGACUCUUUUGUCCAGGACUUCCUGCUCUCCAUUGACAAGUUCAUCUGCAGUUUAUCCUCAGCCAGGAAAAACUUAGAGAACAAGUUUCAGCUUGAAAGAAUUACAUGUGCUCCAGAACUCAGUCACCUUCAGGAACCAGCAGAUUUCAGCAAUGCAGCAAGUAACUCUGAGCUGGUAGAAAGGCUGGAGUUGGUGCUCCUGUGUUGGACGAAACAGAUAGAGCAGGUGCUCACUGAAAGCGAACAAAUGAGAAAAGAAGCGGAUAACAUUGGGCCUUCGGUGGAACUGGAGCACUGGAAAAAACAAAUGAUGAUCUUUAACAGUGUUUUGGAUGAAAUGAAGCAGCCGGAGGUUAAGAAAGUUAUGGGAGUUCUGCAGGUGGCAAGGUCAAAGGCUCUGAAUAAAUGGAAAGAAAUGGAUGAAAAUGUCACGUUUGUGGCUAAUGAGGCCAAGGAUAAUGUGAAAUAUCUAUACACCUUAGAAAAAUUCUUCAAGGCACUGGGAAAAUGUACCCCGACGAAUAUGUUGGCACACAUACCAAGUCUACUGAACAGCAUUCUAUUAAUCCAAAAUGUGUCUUAUUCCUACAAUACCUCUGAGCAUAUGACCUCCAUCUUUGUGAAGGUCACUAAUCAAAUGGUCAGCACUUGUAAGGAAUACCUUUCUCAAGGAGUGACCAAAUUUUGGGACUUAGACAGAAAAGAAAUGCUGACGAGAAUCAGUGAAUGUUUGCAGCUAAACCAGCAAUAUCGGCGGUGCUUCCAAAAAAUAUGGGAAGACCUCCAACAGAACCCCACCAAACAAAAGUUUGAAUUUAGUGACAAUUAUGUCUUCGGAAAAUUUGAUACAUUCUGCAAACGCCUGGAGAAUAUUGCAGACUUGACUACGACUCUAGAAACUCUAUCAGCUUUGCAGUUAAUUAAAUUGGAAGGCAUUGAAAAAGUACAUGUACGCUUUCAAACUAUUAUAAACAACAUCAAGUCGAAAACAUACAAUAUGCUGGAUCAGCGCAAAACGGAGUUCGACAGUGACUAUGCAGAGUUUAAGGGCCAAAUACAAGGCUUGUAUCAAUGUCUUUAUACACUACUGGAUACCUUCUUUCAACAGCCACAUCCUACAGAGCAAAAGCUUCAUCUGUUGCUAAAGUUUGAGAAUACAGUGGGGAAGCAGAUGGACCUUAGUAAUAAGUAUGCAGUAGUUUUGCAGCAUUUUGUCAGUGACUUAGAGCAAGUUCGAAAGGUGUACAAAAACAACAAAGACAACCCUCCCAUGUUGAGAAUUCUGCCUCCUGUGGCUGGGAAAAUAAUAUGGUCACGUCAUCUAUUCAGAAAACUCGAGAUGCCAAUGGAAAUACUAAAAAGAAAAAUGGAUAUUUUAAUGACUCCUGAGGGUAAGAAGGUUAUACAUAUGUAUAACAAACUGGCAGCAGUCCUGUUGGAGUAUGAGCUGUUGUAUCACAGAGCCUGGGUCAGUGCAGUGGAACGUGGACAGCAAGGUCUCAACGCCUCGCUUCUCAUCAGGCACCCACAAACUAAGGAGAUCUGUAUAAACCUGGACCCUGUGGUCCUUGAGGUACUAGAAGAGGCAAAAUACAUGCAGAAGUUGGGGGCUUAUGUACCGAAGGUAAUCCUCAGUAUGUAUGCUAACAAAGCUGAGGUGAAAAAUACUCACAACAAACUAGUGGAGAUGCUGGAGUACUUUGGGGCAGCAGUAAGCAGAAUCCCUGCACUGCUCCAGCCUCUAAUAAAGCCUUUUAUUAAUCGUGUGGAGAUGGCACUUUCUCCUGGAUUCACCAUUCUUUCCUGGACCUCUCUCAACAUCAACACAUUCAUAAAGCAUGUAUAUGAAGUCCUGCGUCACCUGGAGCAGAUAGUGAAGGCCACCACAGACAUACUGGAUUGUCGAAUUGAACAAGUUUUGGAGUUCAUGUCUUGCACUGACCUUCUCGCUCUCCCUGAGGACAAGCCUGUUGUUCCACAGUGUUUUCUCAUCCAGACUGAAAGCACAGUGAGAGCAGCGAGGCAAAAGCUGUCACUUCAAAGUCAACAGGUUGAAAAUUCAAUGUAUGAGCUCUUUAAGGAAAUAAAAAGAGUUAUGAGGCCCGCAGACAUAGUGAAUGUGGAGGAGCCAUUUCAGUGCCUUCACCCUGAUGUUAAACUAAAGACUCGAUGCCUGCUUUGCAUACCUUGUAGUUUCUAUAUGGUGAUGGGACAGUUGUGUCACAAGAACACUGAGGCGUUGGUUAAAGCCACAAAACACUCUCUGGACUCUCUGAGGUGUCGAAUUUAUGAAAGCCCCAAGUAUCAAUCCGCUUUCUCAUCAAACCAUCUGGCAGCCCACCCACCACUUUUUAGGGUUUCCAUCGAGCUGGCCAUCCCCAGUAUCAUCCUUAAACCCAGUUUAGAGGAAAUGCAGAGUGUUCUGUCCAAAGUUGUGACUACAGUUCUGUCGAUGGCAAAGGAUAUCCCACUCUGGAAAUUUUCACAUCUACAUCACAAACAGCAACAGGUGGAGCUGCAAGCAACACGAGAGCUAGCAGAUGAUGGACCAGCCACCAAACAGCCAAGUCUGAAGCCACUUGACCGACAGAUUGCUGAGCAUAAGGAUAUUAUUAAAACAGUUGUCCAGCUAAACUCCAUAAUAUUUUCUCUUAAACUGGAUCCUGAAGGCAUUCUGGAUGACUUAUCAUAUUUCUCUACAUUGUGGAAACAGGAUCCUGCAGAGCAAGUGAAAGCAUUUUUGGCAACCAAUCCAUCUCUUCCUGAGUUUAGUUCCCAGCUUUCAUACUAUUCUGCGCUUACAGCCAAGAUAGAGGAUCUUCCUACCUUUUGCACUUUGGGAUUUGUCCUUUAUGACAUCCAGUCCCUCAAGCUUUCCCUGACCCAGGAAUGUCGAGCAUGGAAGCGUACAUUUGGGAUUGCUUUAAACCAGCUUGGCUCUACAGAUAUGAGUGAGCUAAGUUCUUUUGUUGAUGGGAUGACCAAACAGCUUCAGAGACCAAUCUCUGACCUGGAGGAUGUGAGGGAAACCAUGGAUGCACUGAAGAAAGUACGCGAAGCAGAGAUAUGGAUUGAGGCCACUAUUGGGCCAGUUGAGGAGACCUUUGCGCUGCUAAAUAGACAUGAACUACAGUUCAGUGAUGGAAAUGCUGAGAGGGUUGACACUUUAACUUAUGGUUGGAAAACCCUCAAAGGAUUGGUAAUGCAAACCCACAACACUCUUGAGCUGAUUCACCCCACCAUGAAAGCAGAACUUCUUACUGGUGUCAAAUCCUUCCAGGCUGCAGUUAAAUCUUUUUAUGAUGGCUAUGACAAAAGUGGCCCAGGUGUUGUGGGACUGACGCCUCGUGAAGCCAGUGAUCGGCUGCAGGUUUUUCAGGUGCAGUUUGAUGAGCUCUGGAGGAAAUACAUCACGUUUUCCAGUGGUGAACAGCUCUUUGGUCUUACAGUUAAUGAGUAUCCUGAUCUUCACAGGAUCAAAAAGGAGCUCAACCUUUUGUCCAAGCUCUACAGUUUGUAUAACUGUGUCAUUGAAAGUGUAAAUGGUUACAGUGAGAUACUGUGGGCUGACCUCAACAUAGAAAAGAUAAACAGUGAACUCCAGGAUUUUCAGAACAGAAUCCGGAAGCUUCCCAAAGCCCUAAAAGAAUGGCAAGCGUUUAAUGACUUAAAGAAAAAGAUCGAUGACUUCAAUGAAACUUGUCCACUGCUUCAGAUGAUGGCAAAUAAAGCAAUGUUGCCCCGCCACUGGCAGCGCUUGAGUGACAUUACAGGGUACACGUUUGAAGUGGACCAUGGGAACUUCAUUUUGAAGAAGGUCUUGGAGGCUCCGCUGUUGAAAAACAAAGAAGAUAUUGAGGAUGUGUGCAUCAGUGCUGUGAAGGAACGCGACAUUGAGGCGAAGCUGAAGGACGUGGUGGCAGAGUGGAGUAGCCAUCAGUUCACUUUUGCACCAUUUAGGAAUCGUGGCGAGCUGCUACUGAAAGGCUCGGACACCAGGGAGAAAGUGACACUUAUAGAGGACAGCCUUAUGGUGCUGGGCUCACUUAUGAGCAACAGAUACAAUGCUCCAUUCAAGGCCACUAUUCAACAGUGGGUACAGAAACUGUCAAACAGCUCAGAGGUGAUCGAGAAAUGGCUCAGUGUACAGAACCUGUGGCUGUAUCUGGAGGCUGUGUUUGUUGGAGGGGACAUUGCCAAGCAACUUCCACAGGAAGCUAAGCGAUUCCAGAACAUUGAUAAAUCAUGGCAAAGGAUCAUGCAGAGGGCGCAUGAGGUGGUAGGUGUAGUGCAAUGCUGCGUGGGGGAUGAUACGUUGUCUCAGCUACUUCCACACCUGCUGGAACAGCUUGAAGUGUGCCAGAAAUCUCUCAGUGGAUACUUGGAAAAGAAAAGGCUUGUCUUUCCACGCUUCUUCUUUGUGUCAGAUCCUGUCCUCCUGGAGAUACUUGGCCAGGCAUCAGACCCUCAUACGAUACAGAAUCAUUUGCUGAGCCUUUUUGAUAAUGUGAACAGAGUUGUGUUCCAUGAGAAAAACUAUGACCAAAUACUGAGCUUUCAGUCACAGGAAGGAGAGUCAGUAAAUCUGAGCAAUCCAGUUAAUGUUCAAGGAAAUGUGGAGACCUGGCUGGGAUUGUUAUUGGAUGAGGUGAGGAGGACCAUACACAGCAUUAUCAGAAACGCUCACAUGGCUGUAAGCGAUCCAGGUUUAAAGCUCACUGAGUUUCAGUCAGCGUUCCCAGCUCAGGUAGGGCUGUUAGGCAUCCAAAUCAUCUGGACCAGAGAUGCAGAGAAGGCCCUCAGCCUCAGCAAGGCUGACAAGAAGAUCAUGCAGGCAACGAAUCAGAGGUUUCUGGAUAUUUUGAAUGAGCUGAUUGAUAUGACUACUCAUGAUUUGACAAAAAUGGAAAGAACCAAAUAUGAAACUUUGAUAACAAUCCAUGUGCAUCAGAAAGAUAUAUUUGAUGAUCUGGUAAAAAUGAACAUUCGAUCUAAAACAGACUUUGAGUGGCAGAAGCAGUCACGUUUCUACUUUGAUGAGGACACAGACAGGUGCAUGAUACACAUCACUGAUGUGGAGUUUGAUUAUUGCAAUGAGUACCUUGGGUGCACUGACAGACUAGUCAUAACCCCUCUUACUGACAGAUGUUACAUAACCCUGGCGCAGGCACUAGGUAUGGGUAUGGGUGGGGCACCAGCAGGUCCAGCAGGAACAGGAAAGACUGAGACUACUAAAGACAUGGGUCGUUGCCUUGGUAAAUAUGUUGUGGUCUUCAACUGCUCAGAUCAGAUGGACUAUCGUGGAUUAGGACGUAUUUACAAAGGACUGGCGCAGUCUGGGGCAUGGGGCUGCUUUGAUGAGUUUAACCGCAUUGAGUUGCCGGUGCUAUCAGUGGCUGCUCAGCAGAUCUACAUUGUGCUCCAGUGUAAGAAAAACAACAAACCUCAGUUUAUCUUUACUGAUGGAGAUGUCGUAGACAUGGACAAAGAGUUUGGCAUCUUUUUGACCAUGAAUCCAGGAUAUGCAGGAAGACAGGAGCUGCCGGAGAAUUUAAAGAUUCAGUUUCGUAUAGUGGCCAUGAUGGUGCCAGAUCGUGCUAUCAUUAUGAGAGUCAAACUUGCGAGUGCUGGCUUCCGAGACAACCAGGUGCUCAGCCGCAAGUUUUAUACGCUUUACAAACUGUGUGAGGAGCAGCUCUCCAAACAAGUUCACUAUGACUUUGGGCUAAGAAACAUCCUGUCUGUUCUGAGGACGCUGGGAGCAGUGAAGCGGUCUAACCCGUCUGAGUCAGAAAAGACUGUGGUCAUGAGGGUGCUACGUGACAUGAACCUCUCCAAACUGGUAGAUGAGGAUGAACCUCUGUUUCUGAGUCUGAUUAAUGACUUGUUUCCGGGCAUCAGUCUGGAUAAAGUUGGUUACCCUGAGCUGGAGGCAGCUAUUAGCACUCAGGCUGAGGAGGCAGGCCUCAUUGCCCAUCCACCAUGGAUGCUUAAACUGGUGCAGCUCUACGAGACGCAGCGCGUGAGGCAUGGCAUCAUGACUCUGGGUCCCAGUGGAACGGGCAAAACCACCUGCAUUCAUACUCUGCUAAAGGCUAUGACAAAUUGUGGCACUCCACACAAAGAAAUGAGAAUGAAUCCUAAGGCCAUCACGGCCUCACAGAUGUUCGGUACUCUGGAUGUGGCCACAAAUGACUGGACAGACGGAGUGUUCUCCACACUAUGGAGGAAGACUCUGAAAGCAAAAAAGGGGGAAUGUAUAUGGAUUGUUCUAGAUGGUCCAGUAGAUGCUGUCUGGAUUGAAAACCUCAAUUCAGUUUUAGAUGACAAUAAAACUCUCACCCUGGCUAACGGAGACCGCAUCCCAAUGUCUCCGUAUUGUAAAGUGGUUUUUGAGCCUCACAACAUAGAUAACGCUUCUCCGGCCACUGUCUCUCGUAACGGCAUGGUCUUCAUGAGCUCAUCUGUGCUGGACUGGAGACCCAUUCUACAGGCGUGGCUAAAGAAAAUUCAAUCAUCACAUGCAGAUGUGCUUCUUAGCUGCUUUAACAGCAUCUACCAGGACUUGAUGAACUUUGUUUUUACUGCAGUUUCACCCAAGAUGCAGAUUCUGGAAUGCAUGUACAUCAAACAGACAAUUGAUAUUUUACAGGGUCUUCUUGUCGAAGAGAAGAACUUGACGGUGACUCACGUUAGCCGUCUGUUUGUGUUUGCUGUGAUGUGGUCUGUGGGUGCAUUGCUGGAACUGGAGGAUCGAGCCAAGAUGGAGGUGUUUCUCAGAAAUCAUUCAGCCUCACUGAACCUGCCUAGCACACAGGAUGAUCAAACAAUCUUUGAAUAUGUGGUCAGUGAAACUGGUGAAUGGGAGCCAUGGUCAAAUAAGGUGCAAGAAUAUCACUAUCCUAAGGACACUGUACCUGACUAUGCCUCUAUUUUGGUGCCAAAUGUGGACAAUACACGGACUGACUUCCUUUUGCAAACUCUAAUGAAGCAGGGCAAAGCGGUUCUGCUGAUCGGUGAACAGGGCACUGGCAAGACUGUAAUGAUUAAGGGCUACACCAGCAAGUAUAACCCUGAAACUCACCUGAGUAAGAGUUUAAACUUUUCCUCAGCCACUCUGCCUAGCAUGUUCCAGCAAACCAUUGAAAGCUACAUAGAUAAACGAAUGGGCACGACGUAUGGACCGCCUGCAGGAAAAAAGAUGACAGUUUUCAUUGAUGAUAUAAAUAUGCCAGUAAUUAAUGAGUGGGGAGACCAGAUCACUAAUGAAAUAGUCCGUCAGCUGAUGGAGCAGGGAGGCUUUUACAGUCUAGAUCGGCCUGGAAAGUUUAUCAGCGUAGUGGAUCUGCAGUUAAUUGCAGCUAUGAUCCACCCUGGAGGCGGCUGCAACGACAUCCCACAGCGUCUUAAGCGCCAGUUCUGUGUGUUCAACUGUACUCUUCCAUCCAACUCUUCUAUAGAUAAGAUCUUCCACACAUUGGCAUCUGGAUAUUUCUGCCCAGAACGAGGGUUUACAGAGAGUGUGUGCUUCCUUGCUACAGCACUUGUACCAACUAUAAGGAAAGUGUGGCAAACUGUUAAAAUGAAGAUGUUGCCAUCUCCUGCAAAGUUCCACUAUAUCUUUAAUUUACGGGACCUGAGUAGGAUAUGGCAGGGCAUACUGACCAUAGGAGCAGAAGUGUGCAAAGACAAAGAGAUCCUGCUCUCUCUCUUCCGUCAUGAGUGCGGACGAGUUAUCGCAGACCGCUUCAUUGACCAGAACGAUAGUGAGAUCUUUGACAGCAUUCUGGAAAGGAUUCUGUUAGAAGACCAUGGAACUGGUUCAACGGAGAAUAAUCUAUGGGAAGAAUAUUUUGUGGAUUUCCUUAGAGAUGCCCCUGAGAUAAUGGGAGAUGAACCUGAAGACUCUGACAUUUUGACUCCAAAGAUAUAUGAACCUAUUCCCUCUUUCGCCGCUCUGUCAGAUCGCCUUGCUCUGUUUCUGCAGCAGUAUAAUGAGUCUAUGAGAGGUGCUCCAAUGGACCUGGUCUUCUUUAAGGAUGCAAUGAUUCACCUGGUGAAGAUAUCACGCAUAAUUCGCACUCCUGAAGGUAAUGCCCUGUUAGUUGGUGUAGGAGGAUCAGGAAAGCAGAGUCUCACACGCUUGGCCUCCUUUAUUGCUGGUUAUCAGAUUUUUCAGAUUACUCUUACACGAACCUACAAUGUGAGUAAUCUCAUGGAGGACCUGAAGACCUUGUACAGAAUUGCAGGAGUGGAAGGCAAAGGUGUUACUUUUAUCUUCACUGACAAUGAUGUUAAGGAUGAGUCCUUCCUUGAGUACAUGAAUAAUCUUGUGGCAUCUGGUGAGGUCUCCAAUCUGUUCGCUCGAGAUGAAAUUGACGAAAUCACUCAGUAUUUGAUUCCCUUCAUGAAGCGCCAACAUCCUCGCAUGCCUCCAACCUCUGACAAUUUGUACAGCUACUUUUUAUCUAGAGUACGCAGUAACCUCCAUGUUGUUCUUUGUUUCUCUCCUGUUGGGGAAAAACUUCGUUCUCGUGCAUUGCGGUUCCCUGGUUUAAUCUCUGGAUGCACAGUGGACUGGUUCCAAAGAUGGCCAAAGGAUGCUUUAGUAGCUGUUGCUCAGCAUUUCCUGGCUAGUUAUCCUUUUCAGUGCUCCGAGAAUGUAAAAAAAAAUGUGAUCAGCACAAUGGGAACAUUUCAGGAUUUGGUGGCACAGAUAUGUAUUGAAUAUUAUCAGCGCUACAGAAGGCAGACCUAUGUUACACCCAAAUCAUACUUAUCUUUUAUUAAAGGAUAUCAGACCAUUUACCAUGAGAAGAUUGGAAAUGUGGGAAUGUUGGCAAAACGGAUGAACACAGGUCUUGAUAGGUUAAUGGAAGCAGAGCAAGCUAUCAGCCAACUUUCCAAAGAACUAGUUGUGAAAGAACAGGAACUGGAAGUGGCAUCUCAUAAAGCAGAUGUAGUCCUUCAAGAGGUGACUGUUAAAGCACAAGCAGCUGAGAAGGUUAAGACCCAGGUCCAGAAAGUGAAGGACAAGGCCCAAGCUAUUGUGGAUGAAAUAGCUGGGGAUAAAAAAGUAGCAGAGGCAAAACUGGAAGCUGCAAAACCUGCUUUAGAUGCUGCAGAGGCUGCUCUACAAACUAUAAAGCCGUCAGACAUCGCAACAGUGCGUAAACUGGGGAAGCCUCCGCAUCUGAUCAUGCGAAUUAUGGACUGUGUGUUGCUACUGUUCCAGCGCCGGGUUGAUACUGUCACCAUGGACACUGAAAGGUUCUGCCUAAAACCCUCUUGGAGUGAAGCCCUAAAACUCAUGAACAACUCGGGCUUUCUUGGCAUGCUUCUUAAUUUUAACAAGGACACAAUUACAGAGGAGGUUGUCGAGCUUCUUGUGCCUUAUCUGAAUAUGGAUGAUUAUAAUUUGGAGGCAGCUAAGAGGAUUUGUGGCAACGUGGCUGGACUUUGCUCCUGGACUGAGGCUAUGGUAGACUUCUUCAGCAUCAAUAAAGAAGUCUUGCCUUUGAAGGCUAACUUAAAGCUUCAGGAAGCCCGACUGGGUGUGGCUCAAGAUGAACUGUGCAGAGCUCAGGAACAGUUAGAUGAAAAGCAGAAAGAACUGGAUGAAGCACAGGCACUUUAUGAUGGAGCAGUAAAUGAGAAGCAGUCACUGUUGGAUGAUGCUGAAAGUUGCCGCAGAAAAAUGUCCAGUGCUAUGGCACUCAUUGAUGGACUCAGUGGGGAAAAGAUACGCUGGACAGAGAGCAGUACUGAAUUUCAGCGACAGAUAAAGCAUCUAAUGGGAGAUGUACUACUAGCUACUGGGUUCCUGUCCUAUGCUGGUCCUUUCAACCAAGAGUACCGCAAUCAUCUUCUAGAGCAGUGGAAGAAAGAAAUGAAUAUCAACUCUAUUCCAUAUAGUCAGAGCCUAAAUGUUAUCAGCAUGCUGGUAGACAAUGUCACUAUAGGUGAAUGGAACCUUCAGGCCCUGCCCAAUGAUGAACUGUCAGUGCAGAAUGGUAUCAUUGUUACUGGUGCCUCCCGAUAUCCACUUCUCAUUGACCCUCAGGGCCAGGGAAAGACCUGGAUCAAGAACCGUGAAAGUAAUAAUGAGUUACAGGUCACUUCUUUAGACCACAAAUAUUUCCGAACUCACCUUGAAAAUACUUUGUCUCUUGGCAAACCCCUACUCAUUGAAGAUGUUGGGGAAGAACUGGAUCCUGUUCUGGACAAUGUUUUAGAGAAGAACUUCACAAAAUCUGGCUCAACAUAUAGGGUUAAAAUAGGAGAUAAGGAAGUAGAUGUAAUGAAAGGAUUUACACUCUAUAUUACCACAAAAUUGGCCAACCCAACCUAUAGUCCUGAAAUCAGCGCAAAAACUGCAGUUGUGGACUUUACUGUCACAAUGAGGGGUCUAGAGGACCAGCUGCUGGGACGGGUCAUCCUCAAAGAGAAACAAGAAAUGGAAUCAGAACGAGUAAAACUGGUGGUAGAGGUCACAUCCAACAAGCGAAAGAUGCAGGAGCUGGAGGAUAAUCUGCUGUAUAAACUGACCAGCACACAAGGUUCCCUUGUGGAGGAUAAGUCUCUGGUAGAUGUGCUCAGAGUUACGAAAAGUACGGCAGAGGAGGUAAGAGAGAAGUUAUCAGUGGCAGCAGAAACUGAAAUAAAGAUCAAUCAUGCUCGUGAGGAGUAUCGUCCAAUAGCUACAAGAGGCAGCAUCCUCUAUUUUCUCAUUGUCGAAAUGAGCCUGGUCAAUGUCAUGUACCAGACCUCACUGAGGCAAUUCCUUGAUAUUUUUGACAAUUCCUUGGAAAAGUCACCAAAGUCUCAAAUUACCCAGAAACGACUCGAUUACAUAAUGGAUUUCUUGACCUAUGAGGUUUUCCGUUAUACAGUUCGAGGCUUGUAUGAAGAUCACAAAUUCCUAUUCACCCUUCUUUUGGCACUGAAGAUAGACCUUCAAGCCCAAAAUAUUUCUCACAGCGAGUUUCAUGCAUUUAUUAAAGGUGGAGCAUCUCUUGACUUGAACUCCGUCGAGCCCAAGCCAAAGCGAUGGAUCCUGGAUAUGACGUGGCUGAACCUGGUACAGCUAUCUAAUCUGCAUCCCUUUAGUAAACUUCUACAUCAGGUGGCAUGCAAUGAUAGGGUCUGGAAAUCCUGGUUUGAGGAAGCCGCUCCAGAGGAUGCAGCCCUUCCUGAUGGAUAUGACAGUCUGGAUGCCUUUCACAAGCUAUUGCUGAUCAGAAGUUGGUGCCCUGACCGCACUAUUGCACAGGCACGAAGGUAUGUCACAGAAUCAAUAGGACACAAAUACGCAGAGGGUGUGAUACUGGACAUGGAUGCGAUGUAUACAGAGAAUGACAAGAGGACGCCAAUCGUCUGCCUUCUCUCUAUGGGUUCAGAUCCCACUGAGAAUAUACAGAGGUUGGCAAAAACAAAGGGUGUCCUCUGUCAAACUAUUUCCAUGGGACAAGGACAGGAGGUCCAUGCACGAAGGCUGCUGACCCAAAGCAUGUCAGAAGGUGGUUGGUUACUGCUGCAGAAUUGUCAUCUUGGUCUGGACUUUCUGGAUGAACUUUUAGAGUCCCUCACUACUACAGAGACUGUCCAUGACAAUUUCAAAGUUUGGGUUACUACAGACGUACACCCAAAAUUUCCCAUCAAUUUCCUUCAGUCAUCAAUCAAAUUCACUAAUGAGCCUCCACAAGGCGUGAAAGCUGGUUUAAGGAGGACCUACAGCAGUAUUGCUCAGGAACAGCUAGAGAUAACCAACAUGCCACAGUGGAAACCUUUACUCUAUGCCGUAGCCUUUCUGCACACCACUGUACAGGAGAGGCGUAAGUUUGGUCCACUUGGCUGGAAUAUCCCCUAUGAGUUCAACCAGGCAGAUUUCACAUCAAGUGUGCAGUUUGUGCAAAACCACUUGGAUGUGGUGGAUGCCAAGCUUGGUGUGAACUGGAACUGUCUGCGCUACAUGCUUGGAGAGGUUCAGUAUGGGGGACGGGUCACUGAUGAUAUGGACAAACGACUUCUCAACACUUUUACGCGUAUUUGGUUCAGUGAGAGCACCUUCGAAGACAAGUUUUGUUUCUAUAAAGGCUAUACUAUACCAAAGGUUAAGAUGCUGCAGGAAUACCAUGCCCAUAUUGAUACUCUGCCCCUGGUCGACACACCGGAGGUUUUCGGCCUCCAUUCAAAUGCUGAAAUCACCUGCCAGACAAAUAUGGCCACUGAAAUUCUCAACACUAUUAUCAGCAUCCAGCCUAAAGACAGCAGUGGUGGGGGAGAUGAGACACGGGAGAGCACAGUUCUGCGACUCGCCAGUGAAAUGCUAGAGAAGCUUCCUGCUGACUAUGUUCCUUAUGAGGUGAGGAAACAUUUGCAGAAAAUGGGACUGUUCCAACCGAUGACCAUAUUUUUGCGUCAGGAGAUAGACAGAAUGCAGCACAUCAUAGGCUGUGUGCGUAGCACUCUCACCGACCUUAAAUAUGCUAUUGAUGGCACAAUAGUCAUGUCUGAAGAUCUUCAAGAUGCUCUAGACAGCAUGUAUGAUGCUCGUGUUCCAAAGCUGUGGCAGAGAAUUUCGUGGGAAUCAGCCACGCUUGGUUUCUGGUAUACUGAGCUUCUUGAACGAAACCAGCAAUUUCAUAGCUGGACAUUUGGAAGCCGUCCCCAUCAGUUUUGGCUAACAGGAUUUUUCAAUCCCCAGGGCUUCUUAACAGCUAUGCGGCAAGAGACAACCCGUGCAAACCUGGCUAAAGGUUGGGCCCUGGACACUGUUGUGCUGCUCAAUAACGUAACAAGACUGAUGAGGGAGGAUGUGACGGGUCCACCCCCGGGAGAUACAGGAGGGGUCUAUAUAUAUGGACUCUUCCUGGAUGGUGCAGGGUGGGACAAACGGAACAGCAGGCUGGCAGAAUCAUCUCCUAAGGUUCUCUUUACCCCUAUGCCAGUGGUGCAUGUCUACGCCGUCAGCAAUGUCAAUAUGGCGGAAAUCAAGCGACCUCAAGGCACCAGCUUGUACACCUGUCCAGUUUAUAGGAAGCCCAAGCGCACUGACCUCAACUUCAUAUUCAAUGUGUUUCUCCAAAGCAUACAGAACCCAGACCACUGGACACUAAGGGGUGUGGCCUUACUUUGUGACUGCAAAUAAUCUGUUAAUCUUUUAUUUUUUUUUCUUCCUUUUUUCACUUUUGGGCCAAAACACUUAAAUGUUUUUUCUUUUGGUAGAAAAGCUUUAACAUACAUAAUGUGUUCUGAAGUAAAAUCCAAUACUACACUGUUUUGUAGAAUUAUGUGCUAUACAUGUUGUUCCACUUGAAAUUUAGGUUGUUUUGUGUUGCUAUUUGUUAUUUGACCAAUUCUUUUUUUUUUUAUUAAUUUUUAAAUUUAAGUCUAUUUUAAUCAACUUGUUUGCACUUUUGUUUGUUUCUUUGUUUAGAUAUAUUUAGUUUAAAAUUCAUCCUUGGCAUAACACAACAAAAAUAAAAUAUUUCCCCCCAGUCUACAU